AUGGCCAGACCCGGAGACCAGAGAAUCCUCAAGGACAACCGCUCCAGCUACAACCUGAUCGCUCACGAUCAUCAUGUGCCACAGUCGCCGUUGUUCGGGCCCUCGCCACGCCGAGCGCAGAACUACCGCCCUCAGGUAGAUGAAGAGGUGCAGGCAGGGGGAGACAUAGAGCA